UGCUGCAUGUGAGCUGUGAAAUAUCCCCCCUAGCAUGCUGCUGUGAGCCUGCUGCAGUGGCACUGAGAUGUAGCAGAGCCGGAUCGGUUGGAAAAGGGGGUCUGAGCUUUCUGACAACUCACUGGGUUGAGAGAAUGAAGUGGGUUGACCCUCAGCCCCGUAGAAAACCUUGCCUAUUAGUUGUACUUGAGGCGCCGCCGCUGUCAGAUUCCCGAUGCCUCCAUCGCCUCUGGACGACACGGUGAUUGUGGCAAUAUCCAGACCCGUGAGACCACAAGAGCUUAACCUCUGCCUGGACCCUUCCUGCGGUGACAGCGCCUCCGUGAGCGGCAGCUGCAGAUCUUUGCUCAGCGCAAGCGUAGUGUCCCUUAACGCUGCUAAUCUGACGUAUAUGCCCUCUUCCAACAGCUCUGCUCGCUCUUUGGGUUGCGGAUGUAGCAGUGCCAGCUGUUGCAGUGUGGCAGCGUAUGAAAAAGACACUCAGAGUCAGACUAUCAGCAGUACUACAAUCACCAGCAGUGCCGCCGGACCCUCCAGCUCCACUUGCCCUCCCAACCCAAUGGUCAACAACAAUGAGAACACCGGCGCGUUAAGUCCAUCCGGUGAGGUUGGCAGCCCCGCGUCCACCAUCACCACCAAACAGUUUGCCAACGUCAAGAUAAUCUAUCCCAAUGACCUGGCCAAGAAGAUAGCAAAAUGCAGCAAAACCCAUCUGCCCAACCAAGGCCCCGUGAUCAUCGACUGCAGACCCUUCAUGGAGUACAACAAAAGCCAUAUCCAAGGGGCCGUUCACAUUAAUUGCUCCGAUAAGAUCAGCCGGAGGAGGCUUCAGCAGGGGAAGAUCACGGUGUUGGAUUUAAUAUCGUGCAGGGAAGGCAAGGACUCGUUCAAGAGGAUAUUUUCCAAAGAGAUCAUCGUGUAUGAUGAUAAUACCAAUGAGCCGAGCCGGGUCAUACCACCCCAGCCGCUCCAUACCGUUCUAGAGUCACUGAAACGGGAAGGGAAGGAACCUCUGGUGCUCAAAGGUGGCCUCAGCAGUUUCAAACAGAACCAUGAAAACCUGUGUGACAACUCCCUCCAACUCCAAGACUGCUCAGACGGAGGCGGGGCGUCGGCGGUGACCAUUACACUACCUCAGUCUGUCCCCAGCACCCCGGACAUUGAGAACGCAGAACUGACCCCCAUUCUACCCUUCCUCUUCCUCGGAAAUGAACACGAUGCCCAAGAUUUGGAAAAGAUGCAGAGGAUGAACAUCGGAUACAUCGUUAAUGUCACCACACACCUGCCUCUCUAUCACUACGAGAAAAGUAUCUUUAACUACAAACGUCUACCAGCAACGGACAGCAACAAGCAGAACCUCAGGCAGUACUUUGAAGAGGCGUUCGAAUUCAUAGAGGAAGCUCACCAAUGCGGGAAAGGCCUUCUUAUCCAUUGCCAAGCAGGCGUCUCUCGCUCCGCCACCAUUGUGAUUGCCUACCUAAUGAAGCACACACGGAUGACCAUGACCGAUGCCUACAAGUUCGUCAAAGGAAAGCGACCAAUCAUAUCUCCAAAUCUCAACUUUAUGGGACAAUUACUGGAGUUUGAGGAAGACUUAAAUAACGGGAUAACACCGAGGAUUCUCACACCAAAGCUAAUCGGAGUGGAGACUGUGGUGUAGCAAAAAUUUUAUAAAUAGCUGAGAAAUAUUUUUCAAAAACAUCAACCGGAUGAAAACAUAAAAAAAAAUCUGUGGAAGGACGGUAAUAUUUUUGGUAAAUUUUUGAGGAUAGAAAAAAAGUCAUGAUCAUCCGUAGUCUGUGCAGGUUCAUAGACUGAGGAGAGCAAUGUUGUCAGGAAUUCAUCUACUGUGUAAGAAGCGUACCUUGAGACUAUAGCUCCAAAGACAGACAGCGAUGAUGAAAAAGUAAAAAACAAACACAAAAAAAAAAACUCAAUCGGCCAUAAUAAUAAUAAUAAAAUAAAAAAAUCAUAUGGCCAGAAUAGAAAGGGUUAAUUUUUGGGUGCGUUAUGUUAUAUUUUUGUAUUUGGGCUAAUACGGUUUCAUCGACAAAGACCUUGACCAUUACUUGCCCUCAGCGGCUUAAUGUGCAAUAAUUUUGUUUUGAGUGUGAGAAUUGUUAGAGUUGAUUGAAUGUUUUAAGUGUGAAUCUACACAUAGUGGUGGCGGCCAUUUUGUUGGAUGGUACCAUGGUUUAUUUUAGAGUCCAUGAGGCACCAUACUACCAAACUUUCCUUUUUUCAUGGGAUUGUCCGGUGUGAAGGACCUUAAAGAGGUUGUCCAAGGGCACUUCCUUUUUAAAUUCCACCCUGCCAGACCUGUGAAGGAAAGUAUACUUACCUGCUCCCCCAUGGUCAGUUCUGGCUCUGUGAGUCCCGACCUGUCUUCACAGCACUUCCGUUCUCCGGCAUGUAAACUUUGUGUAUGAUGGGGUCAAUGAUUGGCCUCAGUCAGGGGCAUAGCUAUAGGGGAAGCUUUGAAAGCGCUGCUUUGGGGCUGGAACUCCGAAAGGGCCCACCCAGGAGGAGGACUAAAAUAUUUUAUUGUCAGGGCCCCCUCAACAAUAUUAUAAAAGGACACAGUAGAAAAUGGACAGAAAGGCUGUCCGGCCUUGUCUGAGAGCGUGAUCUUGACUAGCCACAGAAGUGGGGUUGCAUAGGAGGAGGGGGUUGAGAAGAAGUUGCGGGGGUGUGUGGCCCAUUCAAAAAGUUGCUGUGGGGCUCAGGCAUUUCAAGUAACGCCACUAGCCUCAGUAGGAACGUGUCCCCAGAUGGCAUGUCACUGUGGGGUUACGUGCUGCUUGUGGAUACUUCAGUGAGGGGGCCAUCCAUGCAGAAAGUUUACAUGCUGGGCCAUGAAGACAGGUCCAGACCCACAGGGCCAGGACCAUGCAUUGGGGAUUAGGUAAGUAUGCUUUCCUUCACAGGUGGGGGAGAAUUUUGGAAAAAUAUCAAUGUUGGACAAGCCCUUUAAAGGGCUGGGUUUUAUCCACUUGUGCCCGAAAAUGGGCAUUUCUUGGAAGUUUAUUGUCACCUCAAAUGAAGGUCCCAUGAACAGGGGUUCCAAUGUUAGGAGGUGUGGUUUCACUUGUCCGGCCUAUAAAAUGGCGCUGUCCACUAUGUCUAUGAGACAGGUCCACUUAAAGUGGUGAAAAGCGCCAGCACUGAGACAGAGGUAUCGAAAAGCAAUUAUUAUUCUAUAUAUUUUUGUUUUCAUUUGAAUCUGGUAACGGUGCCAUAAACCUUGUUAAAUAUGUAUAUCAGAAUGUAAAAAUAAGAGGUUUUAUUUUAACUAUUUUUUGCACAAAAAUAUAGGCGUGUUCCUGUGGUCUGUGUAAAAUGUCAUUUUGACUAUAAAACCGGCAGAAACUUAUUUUAA